AUCACUGCUGCUGGGAUAGUUACUGUUGAUACUGGUGCUACCGAUCGCUUGUAAAUAAACUGCCGUAUUACUUAGCCCUACGCAUUUAUGACGUAGCUACAGUCUUUUACGGUAUGGCGUGUUACAAUUGCACUGCUCCAAAAGGGCUGGUAUGAGAACAAGAUGGCCCGCUAUCAACUCUGUCUACAGAACGUCUACGACGGCCUGCAUGCGUGCUUCUCCUCGUCGCUUACGUAUCAUUGUGGUUGGCACCAGUUCGUCUGCCUAAGAGCUAUCGUUGGAAAGGCGCAAGAUUUGGAUGCUCACCUAUUAGUUGGCUGUUAGCCAUUGACGUCGUGCUGACAAAAGGGUGGCGUGGUUUAUCUGUAGACUGUAUAAUUUUUUUCGAGAACAACUCGUCUAACAUCAUGAGAUGCGCGAGGACGUACGAGGGUUGCGAACCGGUAUACGAGAAAAUCACUAUUCUGCCCAGUAAAUGACCAGUAUAGUAGGUGAAAAACCACGCAUCCUCUCGUAGCUUUGGCGGCACGCUUAUCUGAUCAAAACGAUUUUACGAUUUAGCCACCACCGUCGCCAUUACCGAUGCUGUAGAGAGUGGGACGUGUGUCCUUAUAUAGCGGGACAGGUUCUCAGAGAAGACGAACUGCGGAACACGAACUACCUUAAGUGCUGUGACAAUUCGCUUUGAAAGAGGAACAAAACAGCAAUGAACACCGGUACACUUGCCGAGGGCACAAUCGUCGGCUUCGGCGAUCCCUUGUUGGACAUCACAGCCGAUGUGGAUCUGGACUUUCUGAAAAGGUUCGGCUUGAAGCAAGAUGAUUCUAUCCUCGCAGGAGAUAGCCAGCGUGGCCUCCCGAAGGAGCUGUGUGAAAGGUACACGCCUCGCUUCUCUUCCGGCGGAUCAACACAGAAUACCCUUCGGGUGAUGCAGUGGAUCCUCCGACAGCCCAGAAUCUCAACCAUGGUAGGUGCUAUUGGUUAUGACCAGUAUGGCCGGUACUUAGAACAAAAUGCUCGUGAAUGCGGGGUUGAUAUUCGCUAUCAUUACGUAGAGCAGGAGUCGACAGGAACGUGUUGCGUUCUUCUUAGCCAGAACGGCAUCCGUCGUUCGCUCAUUACAACGAAAGGGGCCUCGGCCCGCUAUUCGAUUCAGCAUUUGCAGCGCAUUUGGGAGCCCGUUGUUGAACGUGCUCGAUUUUUUUACGUCACGUGCUACUUUUUAUCGGGCAAUGCUGAAGUGGUUUUAGAGGUGGCCCAUCACUCCCAUCAGAGGGGCAAGGUGCUGUGUCUCAAUCUUUCAGCGUCCUUCCUAAUGGCCCUUCAUCGCGAAAAGAUCUGUUCUAUCUUGCCCUACGUGGAUAUUGUGUUCGGAAAUGAUAGCGAAUUAGAAGCCUUCAUUGAGGCUCACUAUGAACCUGAUCAAAAACUCACUCGCGAAGAAGCAGCUCGUUUCCUUUCAACAUUUAUGGCGCCGCCUGGAUCACCUCGUCUCGCGGUAAUCACGCAAGCUGAAAACACCGUCCUCGUGGCUAAAGGCAGUAAACUUGAUAGUUAUACCGUCGACGAAAAAGUGAUCGACGUUGAUUCUCCUGGUACGGUGGACACUAAUGGAGCGGGUGAUGCGUUCGUAGGCGGUUUCUUGGCCUCUCUGAUCAAAAGCUGCUCUGUUGAAGUGUGCGUAAAGAACGGCUGCAUGGCGGCGUUGGCCAUCAUUCACGAGGUCGGCUGUACGACUCCGGACCGUUCUAAGGUGCGUUUCUAUUCGGGGACACGCGACACCGAACCCCGUAUUCCUUCAAUUACACGUCGACAAAUCAGCAUUUCAUAAACCAGCUUCAUUACAACGACGUUACCAGAUCAGCAUUUAACAAUCAUUCCGCAUAGAUUAUACGGCGUCAUUAUAGAACCACCUCUUGCCGAUUGGGCUUCAUCAUCGACCCAGAUCCCCAGCAAAGGCUUUGGUGGCGGGCUUCCUCUUUGCCGACUCUCAGCAACCUGCGUGGUUCCAAUCAGUUUGCAUUGAGUUACCACGGUGAACCCAUUUCUCAUUUUUUUCUUGAGCGAUGCAGUGACAUAUUCUAUUAUCGCUAAACUAUUGCAUAACCCGCAUGUAUCCAUAGUCAUGCCAUUAUAAUACUUAAAGUACAAGCAGCCUCUCUAAUCGGCGGAAACUUUCAGGUUGCCUUCUUAGACGGUCUCUAACAUCCGUCCUCAUUGAUACUCUUGUAAUAUACCAGCGAAUGCAGCAAAUAUACCGGCCGGAAGUCUCUAACUCUAGAGGCAAACUUGCUACAGUGCGCUUGUGAAAAUACGAAAUAAAAGCAAAACACGCUAUUUCUAUAAAAUUAGAUAUAACAGAAUUUAAUUUGUCUUUUCUCGCAUUGAAACCAUUUAUGAUCAUGCUAAAGUUAGAGGGCUCUUAGUUGUACCCCCGUUCAUAGAAGUUUCUUCCUAUACAUGGAGCCUCGUAGAAUAAUUUAGGGUGUAUCCGUAAUCGUACAUGUAGUAAUAAUAGUAAGUAACACGGCAUUACAGAUGUCCUUUAACCCGUUCCAUCUUACUAUACUGCUGUAGAAAUUUUGUCGGUUGUCUCUCUCGCUCAUUCGUAUUUGCUAAUCAGUGCUUUCAAGCUGACCAUGGUCAUUAAGGACAUAGGUUUAAUUGCUAUGAAGAUGACAAGAACGAUCUUGAAAAAGCUUGUUUAGGUGAACCAACUUUAUUCUGGCCAUAAUCUCCUGGGGAUAUGAUUCGUCCCACUAAAACACGCUUAGAAUCCGAUGCAGUUACGGAAGCUGCUGGCAGAGAAAUCACCGCGGUCGGGCUUGCGGCUGAAAUGCCGGUUCUCGUAGUCUUUGACCAGCAGCCGGAGCGGGAGCUACAAUAACUGAUGCAGCAGAAGCAUUAACAGCUGGAGCAGGAGCAUUAAUUGUAGUCGCUGACAUAGACGCUAAAGCGACGACUGUCGCAGGUUUAGAACUGAGAACCUGAGGUGUCUCUGUGCCAGCUUCGCUCACUGGAGCUGCAGCUGCUACAACUGUGCGAAUAGUAGUGGGUGUUGCUAUGACUGAGUAGGAAAAGUGUUACGUCUUAUUUCGGUCUAGGGAGGAGUAGGUGGUCCGCAUUCGAUUUGUAUAAUUCUUUCAGAGGGUUGAACAGGUUUUUGUACGUCAAACAACUGGGUGUCACCGUCAUGAACAACACGCUCAAUAUGGACUGGUUCUUCUGAUUCCGAAACGAUCCGAAUUAUCCGGGGAUCUGGCUCAUUCACGUUGACAUGUUUGGGCGUUGACUGAGGUCGGUUAUGCGAAUCAAUUGAACGCCAGAUUUAUACUUUUCGAGGACGAUUUUGCCUUCUGAGUUGGUGUGAAUUUCAUGCAUUUUGGGACUAGUUGAUCCUGUCACAGUUAUCUGGUCCGGCGUAAUACCGUUGCUUGUUUGGGUUAAAGCAAUAAGACAAGCCACAAUCGUUGCACUCACAACUCGAACAGUAUGGCCUGUUGUUAGUAGUGAUACAUUGAUUGCUGGAGCUGCAUCGUUUGUUGUAGAAAUAAUGCUAUUUAUACAGGAUGUACAAAUUGCGCCAGAUACCCCAGUGAUACUACUUGUAUUUGGGACUGCUACUGAUGAUUGCAUGCCGGGCAAGGUCAUCGCACCAGAAACGCUAUUGACGGUGGAAACAGCUGCGAUCGCCUGGUUCACUAUCGGUCAACUUGCAAUUUGAGUCACUGCCGGAGCACCAAUUCGAACAUUUGUUGAUACGGGAACUAGAGUAGAGGAAAUAAUAGGUGAGCUAAGCUGAACUGCGAAAACAUAACGUGGCCCCGUAAUGCCAAUAUUUACGGCUGGCGUGCACGUUCGAAUCAGGGUUGGUGGUCGGGAAUACAGCAGGUACUAUGGAGGGUGUUGAUACUUUCAGUCCCGGACUAUAUCGCAGCCUACCCGAGCUAACAGAUAUCGGCACUGUCGAAGUUCGUGCUUGCGUAAAAGCUGGAAUGAAAACCGUCGAACUUAAGGGCGCUGGAAAGUGCGCAGCAGAGGUACAGGGCAUAUCCAAAAUGCCAGUGGCAAGAACCGGGCUGACAACGUGUGUUCUGUACUGGCCCGACAGGCUUCCGGAAGCAGCAUUUGCAACUGACAUGCGAGUAAUAACGAGGCUGUGAAUAGGUGGCGCUGCUCGAGCAACAACUGCUAUCGGGUUAGCACUGGCAUAUCGGGGAACUACUCGCGUCAUUUCGGGACUGCAAAAUUUUAUAGCUGCGGGUACGCCGGCGAUUGAGCUCGAUAUAGGUAGGUGCGACAAGCUUCAUGAACCCGUUAGAAGAUAUACCCGUGAUAGGUGCUCAAUAGCGGGACCCUGGCGUUCGGACACUAAAAACUGGUGAGUCAGGACUAGCAAACGUAAGCGCAGUAGAGUACGCAGUGCGUGUCACCGCCGGAGCGGCAGUCGGUUCUGCGAUCCGCGUUAGUAUAGCAUCUGGGUACGAACAUUAUGCUGCGCAGGCUUAAUAGCUCUAAUGCCAAUAUUAGAAGAACCACUGGUAGCGACUCCUGUUGGAAUGAGAACAGGCCUAAAAGCUGUAGAAAUCGUGGAAACGGGUGAUCCAACGUUGACGUCAACUGGUACGAAGUGAGUAACAACUUCGAUGAUUUCAGCUGAGGAAACAAAAGGAAAAACAUCCCCACAGGGGAUGCGGAAACCGCACCUUAAACAAAAGGAAACAAACAAAAUAAAACGAUUCUCCAUGUUUUCAACAAAUCAACUAAAAAAAUAGAUAUUACAUGGCCACCAUAAUGCUACAAGCAUGUACAACAGUUGGUCUUCAACAAGAACAGAUUCAAAAUUUCUCGCAGAACACAGAAAUGCGGGUUCAAGCCAUGCGGUCUUUAUGUCUUAGCUGAUCUGCUAGAGAUGAUUGUACCUGCGAGAACAGUAAAGACAGGCUUGUCUGUUACACUUGGACCAGGAGCAGAAGCUUUUGAUACUGAUAGGAUAGUCGGACCUCGGACGGCCGCCACAGUUGGAUCCUGAGCGAAAAUUUCUGAGACCGGACGAGUCAGAGUCGCAACAACUCUUGUUGCCGCCGGAGCGACUGCCGAAUGUACGAAUUCUUGUCAUGGUCGAAACUGGAAAUUCGGGCGUGGCCGAAGAUUUCCAUAGUCGGGACAGUAGUGAUGGCUCGUCCGAGUUGGGGCGCAAAAACAUUAACCCAUGCUACGCAAGCCGGUGAUAUGAGAUGUAGAACUAUAAGACCUCGAGUCGCUAUUUUGGGCACAGCCUGGGCAAGGAUUGCAACUUUCGUUAUAGAGAUAGGCGUAGCUCUACUGGCCACAACGGGGACAUGAGUGACAAUGGCCCUAACAGAUGGUGCUGCAACUGCCAGCUUUGAUGUAAUGACAGUUCUUGAUACGGCAGGUGUGGCCACCUGUGACACUAUCGGUGGUGGAACUGGAAUCUGCACUUUUCUUUGCUUCGUAAUAGCGUGAUCUGUCACUGUUGGGGUAGUAAUUCGAGUCAGAAGUGGGUUAAUGGUUUGACAAGAAAACACGCUGGUAACUGAAUGGACAGGGGCAAUUUCUUGAGUAACUACUCUCGCCAUUUUUGGUAAUGGAUGAUUAGCUACCGUAGAAAACGUCUUGAGAAGGUAUUGAGAUUUUGGAGGAUUUUUUCGAAUCAGAAUAGCCAGCGAUCGAAGUGGCCCCAGAAUAUGACGAACUGACAAGAGAAGGGCUCAGGGGAGUUGCAAUACGCGUGAUUACAGGGGAUGCUAUAAAUGAGGGGGCGUGCGGUACUACCUGGUGAGGUACAGCGAAGGAGAUUUGAGAGCAAGAGCUUGUGUUAGUCGCGGUGAUUCUAUGGGGCGACGCAACGGGCGCACGAACUAUGUAGGGAUCUACUGACGGUAAAACGGCGCGCCCUUGCUCGGAUUCCGGUUACCACAUAUGAGGUUCGCAAAGUCGGUGUAACAACUCGAGCAUUUGAUAUAGCCACACGUGCCAAAGGUUUUAUGACACGAGGCGCAAAGCCAGCUAAUGCCGGUGCAGAAGCCACUUUUGUGGAAACUAGUGGCAAUUUGACCAUCGAGAUAGGGUCAACAGCCAAUGGCACGUUUGAGACGGACAUCACAGACUGACUGACAUGCACAGGAGGAACCUCAAUUGAUGGUGUAACAUGACGGGGCACGGUUGUCAUGAUUUAACCCACAACGGGUGUAUGCACAUUCACGACCAGCCUUGGGACUUCGACAGUGAGAGGCGCUGGAAUUACCAUGUUUUUAACAGUUGGAAGCUGUCUGAUCAUUGCACUCUGAUCUUGUGAAUAUAAAGAUCUAAUCCCAUUCACAGAAACGGUAAUACCAGGUUGGUGCGCAAGUCGAUAAAGGAGCGGAUGUGGUGGUAUGGUGCUAUAGCUCACAUGAGUUUUCACGCGUGACACGGUUCCGAUGAUUUCGGCUGUCUGAGUGUGAAUUAGUAGUCUGUUCGGACUCUGAACAGCAGCCGUAUGACAGGGAUCGUAGCGAAAAAUAUUGACGACUGCAUUGGGGAUUGCCGGCUCAGAAAGGCCUCUAGCACUUCCAGCUAAGAUAGACUUAAUGUGAUUUUCGUAUACAGGUCCUUUAACAAAAGUCGUCACACCUUGUCCAGCUAGAGGAUAUUGAUAGGGGUUGCCAAUAAUCUCUUUAGCUCCUUUUGGCCUAAAAGGCAAUCAACUGCCGCAUCUCCGAUGUCUCACACGCUUAAAGGUCUAAAACAGUUUAGUCCAUUUUUACACCGAACAAUCGUCUUUCACGUGACGCCUUAAAAUGCCUCCAGCCGAAAUAUAUAACCGAUACGUGCAUGAGUGAAAAAAACGAAGUCAAGCGUAGUCUACGCUGCGCAGACGGCAUUUAUAAUAAAUCCUGUCACCACCUAUAAACAUGUAAGUGAUCAGACGUGUUGUUCUCUCGUCCUCUUCUCAAUGCUGUACGUGAAACACUGAUGCUACUUCUUAUCAACUUCCCCUUGCGACUGCUGUACCAUUGAUACGGAUGCAUGUAGCACCAGCCUAUAGCUGUAGGUCGGAUCUGGACGGAAUAAUGAAACGAAAUCCGCAGCCAAUAGCAAGAUACAAUAAUCGAUAUAUGUAAGGCCUGGUUGUAGCGUGAUGACCAUGGCGGCAGUGGCCACACAACGAGACGCGCAGACAUUCGUUGUUAGCGGUCGCUCGGCACAUAUAGCAUACGCUAGCCAGCAUUGACGAGUCGCUAAGGCUACAGAAAACACGAAUACAAGACAACGCCACCGUUGAAGCUGCUUUUGUUGGCGCUAUAUUGACACAGUUGAUAUUAUCUGAAGCCAUUUGUUUUGCUUCAAUUAACGAACGCAACAAUCCAGCUGAGAUAGCAAUGAUAGGCUGGUGUGUAGGUGUACCUAAAUAUUCACUAGAUUUACUUCAUUGCCCGAUGUGUAAAGGCAUGACAAUGACUUCGAGGACGCGACAAGCACACGACGUAUAUGAGGAAUCCAGAGUGUACAAGAUAGCCAUCAGCAAUGCGGAGUGGUGGCAUUUCGGAAUGGGAACCAACAAUCCAGGACACCCGCUAUAGUAACUCACGUAUGACGAAAGACACUUUGAUGCACGGCCAAGGUGAUACGUUCUAAGAUCAUUCGUCUGGCCAUUUCAGAGGCACAGCUUGCUAAAAAAGCUCCGAUAGUCCAAUCGGUGUGGAUCAGCGUUUCGCCGGUCUAUAACACGAAUCAUUCUGUGUUUUAUUUCUAAUUUAUAUGUUCUAGACGUAAUCUAAAUAUUGCUGCCUGUAUCCUACAUCGAUUUGCGCUGCAGAGCGUCAUAUGUACGAGUAAAUUACGUGCUUAUCGUUUGAUGCACGAACUUAUCAUUUCAAGCCCUGUGAACAUGUAAUAAUGUUUUUUUACGAUAAAACAUUCGUAUUUAUUUACCGAACGAGCAGUUGUGAGAUAGGUAGGAAUUACUAAGACAUUUGGUUACUCGAUUUUGUUACAUUUUAAAGCCAGGGUCGCUAGUGCUAUUAUGACAUUCGAACUAUGAACGUAAAUGUAAUGAGGGUCUUUGGGGUAGCUCGUCGUCUGCUAGACGCAUCUAUUAUAAGCUGGAUAGUAUCGUAAUGAAACUAUCUAGAUAUAUAUAUACGACGUUGCUAAAUUAAGAGCUGAUUAAACAAAAAGCAUUGAAUAGGUCGAAUGCUGUUGGGCAAAACAAAUACCCCAUCUAACAAUAAAGCAAGCCGCUCGUCUAAUUUAAAAUAUUGCCAAAUGCAAAACGGACAAUAGAGACCCAUGUCGAUGAAAACGCAUUUGAAAUUUGGCGGGAAAGCCGCCAAGAAAGAAAGCGCUUAAAUGAUUAUAUAGAUCAAUCAUCUAGUUGAUUAGAACGAUGACGAUCUGCAAACUUUUUAAGAAUUUUUCAAUACUUUAUUAUUUCUGCCGUUGUUUGUUGUUGUUAUCUGUUGUCUGUGAUCAAUUAACAAAAUUUCUAUUCGUAUAUAAUGAUAAUUACUAUUACUCAUAUCUGCUGGUAUGCAUUACUUUAUAGUCUUGCAAAAGAUGGCAGUCUUGCCGGACGGGCCGCGCGUCUAAAACAGCUUAAUUUUUCAAUAUAACGUAAUUCGGCCUAUUUCUUUCUUUGCAUCGUUUCUCGAUUUGUUAGAACUUGCGCACUUUCCGGUUAACUCGUUACGCGAUAAUUACUUCCCAGAAACGUCAAAGAUUCGACAUGGGAAGGGACCUCAAAUAGCUUCAUAAAGGCUACAUUAUUUUGCUUAAGACACGCGGCUCGACGUCGCAUACGCUGGUAUACAGAUGAUGGCUUCUCCGGUCGAAUUUUUAAUAAUUUAAUAAAGUACUGCGUUUUGGCGUUUUUCUCGUUUGAUGAUUACCUGUAGUAUUAUAACUUAUUUGUAGUAUUAUAACAGUGAUUUUUCACCGCUUGUCUGUAAUGUAUUGUGUUACAUUUGUUACCGUUAUAAUUACCUUAAAUAUUGUGUUUUUCCCUUUAUCGUGGUCAUGCCUUUUCUUUACUAUUCUAAAUUAUCUAUAAUAAUAAUAAUCAUCAUUUCAUCGUUACUUAUUCAUCAUUUCCUUCAUCUAGACGUGUGCCCUACGCGCGCAUUGAGGCAGGGUAUGGCCCUUGAUUCAGUUCAGUUGGCUCAUUGAAGCUCAUCUUGAAACCUUGCUAAUAGGAAAAUUUUCACUAUGAAAAUAGAGGAAUAGAAGCCAUUCGAAGCCUGACGGAGUGCUUAUUGUUGACUGGUGAUACCGUUAAUAGUCCCAAGCGUAAUUACCACGACGACGACUAUCUAUCGUGGCUUCCCAAUAACUGUUUACACCGCAACAAAGGAAUAAAAAAAAUGGCCUAUUAUCGCAACCCACGUUCGAUCGUGAUCGCCGCAUUCUUAUUCAUCUCGCUCCUGAUCUAUUAUCUUGGCCUUGUAUUUAUUAUCCUUUGGACAUUUCCUUGUCCCCUGCGCAUCAGCGGUAGUAGACGAUUAUGGCUUACAUUGAAAUAUCAGUGUUUUGAGAAAUUUGGCCUAUUUCUUUUUUCUUUUGAAGUGUAUUAACGGCCCAUUGCAUUAGUCUUGGUUAGGGUGAUCCGUUUGUUUAGAAAAAUCGGGGUCCGUAAUUGUUGAUCGCGGUGAGUUUUGUAUCUUGUGUUCGUCACCGCUUCUUCAAUAUGCCUAUAGUUACUUUUCAUGCUAGUUUCGACUUGAUUGGUAUCAAUCAGUGCUGUUCUUGUUAGCCCGUGAAUCUGUUUACAUGUUCGUUCUGCCUGUUUACCUUUAUGUCUUUAGCCGACGUCGUUAUUUUUGAACGAAUAUCUUUCUUGCGUCCUGUCACGCGCACUCUUUCGCUCCCGCUUUCGCCCUCUCGCUCUAACUAGCUGCUAAUUUAUACUAUAAUAAUAAUAAUAAUAAUAUCAAUGGUUGUAAAUUGUAGUAAUAGUGGUACUAGUUGACGUUGGAGGCUUUAGUUUGCGGAAGAAUGACGGUAGUAGUUCAUGACGAUAAAGAUCGUUGUUUUUCUUUGCUUAGUUUUUUUCACGCGAUCUAUGAAACCGGUAUUGGAUUGCCUGCCAGGAAAACGUCCUGUGCUUAAGUCAACGCGAAAUUCCGUACGGGGGUUUGUAAUCACUAAGUCGCUUGGUUGCUGUGUUUUGUGAUAGCUCUUAUGAGAGAUGCUGUGAAUCAUAGAUCUCAGCGUUAGGUACCAGUAAUCAAAGUAAGUAUUAAAUAGCGUGCUUAAGCAGACAUUGCUUGCUGGUAGAUCGGCGACUAGAGUCAGCUCGUAAUCUCUUCCGUUCGUUUUUUUAUCCUAUUCCUCUGCUCAGCUAUUACUUCGUACUGUUAUUACUAUUAUAAACGAGCUCAAUAGAGGUUCGGCCUCCCGCUUAAACAAACUCUCUAUACUCAUUAUAAUAUAUAUGCGCAUAUGAAUAUAUGCAUCAUGUCUUAGUUUCUCUCUCUAAAUAUAAUAAUAAUAGCAGCAUGCAAUGAUGUAUACUGUCAAUGUAUCCUGGUAUGGAAGAGGUUCAAGAUGGUUUCGCAUAUUUCGAUUGUAUCCCUCAUUGUCAUCCUCAUAAUUGGUGUCGUUUAAAAAAUGCUGUGUGUUUGUGUGUGUAAAAGCGGAAUAAAAUCACGGGUUUUUUUCAAAACAGGUGAUAUUUUUGGGGGCACACCAGAGGUUUUUACUAACGGUGAAAAUUACAUGUUUAUGAACGUACAGGACUAUAAUAAAACCGUUAAUUUUUAUUUCAAUAAUAAAUUAGUGACUGAAAUUGGACCGUACGUACGUUCUCCAUCGUCAACUGAAUAACAGACAUCAUCACUGCGCCCUGAUCAAGGAUUGGUUAGCCAAAUACAUACAUGUAUCUUUUUCAACUACUAUUAACAAGUAGCAGCUAUUUAAAUCUUUUUACUUAUGCCUACAAUAGAGCGACACUUUUAAAAGUGAUCUAGAUCAUGUCCGAAUUUUUCUAUCGGCUGUUGAUCUUCACCGGUUACUUUAGCUAGGUCGUUUUCGAUGAUCUUUGCCUGUAGAUCGCUUGUCCGUAUAGGACUUCGGUAGCCUGGAAAUGAGCUCGACGCAACCAGUGACCGCUGAAAAAAGCCCAUUGGGCUGUUUUUUUUGGGCCUACGUGUCGUCGUAUGCUACAGUACAAUAUCAUAAUUACUCGUCAUCAUCUCGAUUACUGUGACAAUCAAAACAUGCCGAUUGAGUCACCCAGUGAGUUGAAUAGCCGUUGUUGACAUUCGGGGCGGAAACUCGUGCUGUCAGCGUCAACCCUGUAGGCGGAAGACCACUCCGGCUUGGGUACACGUAUGCUCAGGACCGGGUUCAAUGGACUGUGUUGUGAAUGCAAA